AUGCCAACUGCAGAAACUGCUACCCGUUUCUCUCGCGAGGUUUGCCUCUGGCUACUCACCACUCCAACUUCAACCACACCACCACCAGUAGCAUCACAGUGUGGUGACGGCCGCAGAGGAUGUGAAGAGAAUGCGGAGUAUCUUCCCCAUGUGCUCUUGCGUCUGUUACACCUUUGCAACCGUUCUGUGCCCAACGAGGAGGUCGCGUUGGCAGCUGUCGCAGUGAUGCUCAACUUGACAGUUGCUGUCAACAAUGCUGACGCCGGCACCGUGGCAAUGUGGUGGCAGCGACGGGUGCUGAAUGAGGAGGGUUCUUCACACUCGCAGUCCAUUGUUGAAUUCCUAUUUGGCAGUCUGCACCGGUUGUCACGAGCAAAACCUGGCACGUCG